AUGCGUCAGGUUCCGGCCCCAGAACAAGAUCGAGCUGCACGAAGGCGGGUUGAUCUGCGUCGAGAAGAACUGCGACCAAUCCUUCUACUUGAAGGCACGCUGGCCGUCACAUCGUUUUGUUUGUUUGUUCGUGCCUGCUACGGGAAGCGUCUAACGCAGCGCGAAUUCCAGGAUGAGAAGGAGGAGAAGACGCUGUUCACGUUCGACCGGACCUUCUACCAGGACUCGUCGCAGCAGGAAGUCUUCAGCUACGUCGCGCUGCCCGUCGUGCAGGAUGCUCUUUCGGCAAUCAACGGCACAGUGCUCGCGUAUGGUCAGGGGCCCAACAUGCUCAUCGACGACCCCGAGAGUUCCGGCAUUCUCCCGCGCGUCGCCAAGGAGAUCUUCGUCCGCAUCAAUGCGGACCUCUACGAUGUGUCAAAGGACAACCUGGUGGUGAAGGAGGACCAAACCCGAGGGAUCUCCAUUGCCGGCGUCACCGAGGCUGCAAUCAAGAAUCGGGCUGUUGGGGCUACCAAUAAGGCGUCGCACAUCCCCUACCGUGACUCCAAGCUCACUCGGAUUUUGCAAGAAUCGCUGGGUGGAAAUUCACGUACAACUUUACUCUGCUGCUGCUCCCCUUCCACUUACAACUAUGCAGAAUCCGUAUCUACUGUCCGCUUCGGCUUAAGGGCAAAGCAAAUCAAGAAUAAGCCUGUCGCCAAUAGAGAGGGAAGCCAAAUGCUUGCUGCGUGCAUUGAGGGGUUGCAUGGCCUUCUUUCCAGUGAGGGCAUGGGUUGGGCGUCUGAGCUACCCACCAUUGAAGACAUGAGUGACAUUCCAAAGCUGCUGCCUGCUGUGGUGGAGAAACACCUCUCUAGUCAGUCCAGUGAGGGAAACGAUGAGAAGGAUUUGAAUGCCGUAGAGACUUAUCGCAUGGCGCGUUUCUCGCUGAUAUAUGCUGCCAUGUUUACUCUAGCUGUAGCGGUGACGGUGACGCUACCACUUUGCGAAUGCGCCGAACCCUCUCAGAGCGUCGCCAUAACGCCCGCCAGCAACGCUGCCCGCGCCACCUACCGCAGCGAGAUAUUCCAGGCUGACGUCAGCAUAGUGGUGGACGAAAAGUCCAUUCUGUUUCAGGCGAGCCCCCCGCCCAACUUCAAGGACCUCUUCGCCUACACCAACCCCGCCUACGAGUCCUUCCCGCUCCCGCCUGGUUCGCCCAAGACGGUGUUCAACCACGUGGGUCUCAUAUACAACCCCUUCGGCGCUCUGCCCUUCCUCGCUGGGCAGGAGGACCCAACGCCGGUGAACGGCACGCACGCAGUGAACGAAACAUGCCUGUCGUGCUUCCUCUUCAUCACCUUUUUCCACGUCGACCCCUCACUCGUCAACACCACGGGCGCCGGCUGUGCCUUCAACGACAACGGCUUCUGCAGCGUCACCAAGGGCACGCCCAUCUUUCAGCCGCCCAGCAAGGACCUGCUGGGCGGCAGCUUUGCCACGUCAUCGGGCACCAUGUACAAGAGCCGCCCGCUGCUCUCGCCCUUUGGAUCCAAGCUGCUCGCGAAAUCCGUCCUCACCCCGCUGGCAGCGCCGCGGGUGGGCAUGAUCUGGACGAGCAGUGUGCAGCCGCCAGCGCUGUUUGGGUAUGACGGCAAGGCCACGCUGGGCCCCACCAACUACUACGCCACCAGCGACUCCCAGGUGAUGGGAAUAGGGCAGGCGGUGAGCACCACGUACAUCGACCUCUACGCCGGCUACUUCACAGCGAACCCCGAGACGCUCAACACACCCGUCACCACGAGCGUGUUUGACCGCCCUGCCAAGUACGGCGUGUCGGGGCUGUACCCCGGUGCCGCGUACUCGCAGGUCACGGGGUACCGCGGCAUGUCCACCUUCACCUUCGGCUUCACCAACUUCACCCAG